GCGCACGCGCAUCAAGUUAUUGAUAAAAAGGCACAAAGCAGAAAUCAACAUUUCAAAUAAAACAUUUUCUUGUGACUCAGUCGUGUUAAACCGGACGUGUUAUUCCCGCUAUUAAUAAUAGGUAUAGUAGUAAAAGUAGAAGUAGUAGAGCUUAAGUGUGGGAAUUGCCGAGAGUGUUUAUAAUUCCUGCGAAGAAUUUAGUUUCACAACAACUUCCAAACGUUACGGUUUAUUUUUAUUACCGCCCGAGAAAAUGUCGUUGUACCCGAGUUUAGAAGAUAUGCAAAUGGACCAAAUGGUUAAGGCCCAAGAGAAGGUUAUUUCGCAAUCGUACGCUAACCAAUAUCCAACAUAUCAACAACAAACGAGUACGGAUAAUCCCCCUGCAUAUUCUCCUGCACCUAUUAAGAAUGAAGGCACCGUUUAUCCAGCUUUGGGUGAUUUUAUGGGAUUAGAACUUUCAGAAGCUGUUAUUGCAGCUAAUAUGCCAGAGUAUUCUCAAAUUGCCAUAAUACAACAAGCUCAAAUUGUUCCAUCUGGAUAUAGUUCUCAGAUGAUUGCUCCUUUAUCAAGUCAAACUCUUGGUUUGCAAAAGGCUCAGGUUACUCAUGGAAUUCGCGAGUUGAUUUUAUGUAAAGACAAACACAAUAAAGUUGGAAUGAGAGUAAAAGCAAUCGAUAAUGGAGUAUUCGUCUGUUUGGUAAUAAAAGAUUCUCCAGCUGCUUUAGUUGGUUUAAGAUUCGGCGAUCAAAUCCUUCAAAUAAAUGGAAAAAGCGUCGCUGGUUAUUCCAUGGAUAAAGUACAUGAUCUAUUCAAGAAGAGUCCUGUUAAUGGGAUUUCAAUUGUUGUUAGAGAUAGGCCAUUCGAGAGGACGAUUACUUUACACAAGGAUAGCACUAACCACAUUGGAUUUCAUUUCAAAAACGGAAAAAUUAAUAAUUUAGUUAAGGAUUCAUCAGCGGCCAAAAAUGGAUUGUUGACUAAUCAUCAACUUUUAGAAGUUGAUGGACAAAAUGUUGUUGGUCUUAAAGAUAAAGAAGUUGUGAAAAUAAUCGACGAUUGUGGACCUGUUGUAACUGUUACUGUGAUUCCUUCAUAUAUUUAUGAUCACAUGGUUAAAAAAAUGUCUGGAUCUCUUAUUAAGGACCUUAUGGACCAUUCUAUUCCUGCAAUUUAAAUUUCAUUUUUUUCUAACAUUUCAUUUUUGAUACAUUUACAUUAUAAUAUUUGUACUAUUGUAUUAUUCGUCAACGAAUUAUGGUGUUAUUUUUAUAUUACUGACCUUUUUAUUAUCAUUUUUUUUCUUAUAUUAUCUAUAUUCUAUAUAAUAUCACAUUUAUCUACACUUUUAAAAUAUCUACAUUUACAAACAUACAUUUAUAUACAUUUUGUAGUUAUAAAUAAGUCAACAGGGUGUCUUUUGUAAGUGUAUGUGAUAGGAAGAAACGCGUUUUAUUUGAAAGAGACUCAACCUGUUUGCUUAAAGGUAGUUUACGAUUUAUAUUUGUAUAAUUCGUUUCUGUGAUUAAAUGUGUGCCAGAAUAGAUCUUACAGAGUUGAGAAAUGUUUAUGAAAUGGAGAUGAUUUAGUUAGAAGAUGGUAGUCGUUUUUCAGUUUAGUUUUAUAUAUAUUUCUUGUAACAGCAUGUAUGCGACAAUGCAAAAUAAACCUUAUUAUAUAGACAAA